AUGAUCGCAUUUCGUCGUCGUACACAUAUUCUUCUGCUUUUAGAACUCGCGAUCAUGUGGAAUAUGGUACAAACCGAUCAUGACGACAUCGAGAAGGCCGAGGCUAUGAACUCGAUGGCCGGUCUGAAGUACACCAUCGAUCACACUUGGGACGGACUUCCACUCGCACAUGAAGCUAUCAAGAUAGAUCUAAAGUGGCACUUCGAACGUCUCGUUGGGCGUCCACACAAACGUGUCGUGAAGAUUUCAUUCGAUGCCCCAUUCUUCGAUGAUCCAGAGCCAAUGGACUCGCCAGGAAUUACACCAGGACUUUGGGAUUUCGAAGUGCUUGAAUUCUUCUUCGCCAACGAUCGGGGGCAGUAUCUGGAAGUAGAGAUUGGACCACAUGGACACUGGCUCUGCUUGCUCUUCGACGGAGUUCGUCAUCCAAUCAAUAAUGGAGAGGAGCUUGAACUUGAAGUACGCAACAAGUGGGUCGGAAACCGUUGGGUUGGAGAAGUGGAGAUUCCACUCGCCUAUUUCCCAGCCAAAGUCUCCAAGUUCAACGCCUAUCACAUCCACGGGAAUGAUACAGAACGUGUCUACGCCGCUCUCAGCCCAGUCACCGAUGGAACAUAUUCGGAGCCAGACUUCCACCGCCUCGAAUUCUUCCAAAAAAUCAACAUGCGCCGUGUGAUUCCAGACGGAUAUGGAGACCGCCCAUUCGCAGAUUUCAAGUAUGGAGACCUGUGGGCUGGGCACUACUGA